AUGCUUUUCUUGCUGUCCAUUCUUGCUACAGUUUUCACAAUGGCCUAUGGCGUAUCAAAAUCACAACCGGCUGAUGAUGAUCUGUUCCUUGCGUUAGACAAAGAACUGGAAGACUUCCUCACUAGAGCACUUGAUGUUGGGUCGUCGAAAAUAGAACGCGACGAGCUUCAGAAUACCGAAGGAAGUGGAGAAUCGCAAUUGAUUACACCGACUGGGACGUCUCACACUACACACGAACCCGAUUCCCAAUUAAAUACUACUAUGUCAUCUUCACCAAGCAUUGGAGCCUCCUCGGACGAAGCAAACAGAGAAACGGUGCAAGUACAACCAUCCUUCUCAACAGUAGCUACACAUACGCUUACUGAGCCGGAAGUGGCAAGGACCGUGGCGGACCGCAUUGUGGAGACGAAUCUGGAUGAGUUUCUAAACUCAACUGAAUCUCUUCAAGCGACAUCUGGAGUUUCCACUCAGUCGAUAACCACCAUCAAUUUUUUAACAACACAAACAGAUUUCUCAUUUUUCCUUACCACCAGUGCGACUCCGACAACGAUCGCUGAGAGAAUGCCACAAAUAAUCGUACGUGACGCAAAUCACACCGUCGUGGGAUGCAUCGCUGAAGCUACUUGCUAUUCAGACAGUGAUUGUGAACAGGGCGUUUGCCUUGGAGCUCUUCUCGGAAAGUGCAACUGUCAUGCAUGCGUGGCAAAUGCUAACUGCGAAAACGACUCGAACUGUGGAGGAUUGCGAAAGGCUUGUCAGGAUGGGAUUUGCAGAUGUGCUCACGCUCUUGCCUUACAUGGUUUUCCACUUUACAUAGAAGCUUUAACGAAGUUCUGUUCACAACGGACAUGUUUGGAAACGACUGAUUCUUGCUUUGGACUACCGUGCGGGCGCGGUAUAUGCUCAUGUAAUUAA